AGAGUAUCUGCGGGAACUAUCGAUACCGGUAUCGCACUGGCACCCGCCGAUAGUGCCGUCACUCACUGAAAUCUCAAUCCCAAAACAAGUGCGAGCUAUUUUCAUAAAAAACAUUAACGAAAGCAAACCGCGACACGGCGCUAAAUUAAAUAGUCAUUUGUUUGGAGCGAAAUUGUAGUUGCAGUGCGUGGAAUAUAUGUAUUUAUUAACUUAUUGCGACAUCCGUGCGACACUUCUCACACACUCUCACUCUCAUACAUACACACGCACACACACACCGAGCCGAUGUUCUGAUUUUAUGCAAGACAAGCGCUAAAAUAAGAAUAUCUGAAAUAUCUCUCCGAAUAUCAAAAAUAUAAUGCCAAAGAAAGGCGAACGACGGGCGAAUAAAGAGCGUCUGUAAGCUACAGAAAGGGACAGGACGAAAACGAAAGGGAAACGGAAACGGCGACCACAAAGGAGGUGGAGGAGGCGAACGAAAACAAAAACGGGAGCACCAGCCUGCCCGCAGCGGAAAAUAGUAAAAAUAUCAAUAAUAAAAAGGAAAAUAAGAGGAAAACUCGCAGCGACAUCUGACGUGCAGCGUCAAGUGUUUUCCCCCAGACGCUUGUCCGACAGCCUUGCAUGCGUCUCGCUUGAAAUCCAUUGACAGAGCCAGAAGAGAUAUUGAAAGGCCAGGAGAGAGUCCCAAUAGGUCACAGCAUUUCCCAUGGACGACGAACUGGAAGAUAGGGUGUUCUAUCAGACAUACGUAUCGCACAUGAAAAUCCUGUCCAAGUUUGCGGUGGGCUUCUCGUCCAUCAACUCGCCGCUGGCCUACAUAUGGAAGCUAUGUCGGCUCUACGUCCUCCGGCCGGAGGUGAUCUUCUGCGGAAUGAUCCUCUUCGUUCUGUUGCUCUACUUGCAAGCGGUAGAUGUGUGGAGUCGCAGCAUCCUGGGUCGCAUACAGGCCACUUUGGGUCGCCAGAAGGCGGUUAAGAUGAUGGAGCUAUCGGCCAGUGCCGGCGAUCACCAGAGCUGGGAGGAGCUGAAGCAGCAAAGCUCGGCAUUCGCAGUUCUAGGACGAAGACCACGCAUGGAGGAUAGGUUCAUCAUCGAGGAGAACAUCAACAACAACACCGGCAUCUCCUUCUUUGCCGUUUUCGACGGCCAUGGCGGGGAGUUCGCCGCCGACUUCGCCAAGGAUGUGCUGGUGAAGAACAUCUACAACAAGAUCAUCGAGAUGUCGAAGCUGCUGAAGAGCGACGGAGGUUUCGGGGACUACGACAAGAGUCCUUACUUGUCCCGCAAACAGAGCCGCAAGGACUCGAACAAGGAGAACACAGAACCCACGGCAGCUGUCGCCCGGAAAGACAGCCUAAGAAAGGCCCACAGCACCACGGCGGACUGUAGUGCCAUCAAGCAAAAGACUACAGAGGCCUCGAUUGCCGACAUCUACACAGCUCAGCUGAACUCGGCCAUGAGAAUAAGCGGCAAUGUUGGGGCAGCCAAGGACACCUUCCUGAACAACAACAACAAUGCACAGAAUGGAGCAGCAAAUGCACCGCCUCCAAACCUGGAGGCCAAGUGCUAUAUCGAGAACGGACGGAUCAACUUUGGUAAACUUAUCACAGACGAGAUUAUGUCGGCCGAUUACAAGCUGGUGGAACAGGCCAAAAGGGCGACCAAUAUUGCCGGCACCACGGCUCUGAUCGCCAUCGUCCAGGGGUCCAAGCUGAUUGUUGCCAAUGUGGGCGAUUCCCGGGGCGUGAUGUACGAUUCCCGAGGCAUUGCCAUUCCGCUCUCGUUCGAUCACAAGCCCCAACAGGUGCGCGAACGGAAGCGAAUCCACGACGCUGGCGGAUUCAUUGCCUUCCGGGGCGUUUGGCGCGUGGCCGGCGUUUUGGCCACGUCACGUGCACUCGGCGAUUAUCCGUUGAAAGAUAAGAAUCUAGUGAUUGCAACGCCCGACAUUUUGACCUUCGAGCUGAACGAUCACAAGCCCCACUUUUUAAUACUGGCAUCUGAUGGUCUUUGGGAUACGUUCAGCAACGAGGAGGCCUGUACUUUUGCCCAGGAGCAUCUCAAUGAAUCUGACUUCGGAGCCAAAUCCCUGGCAAUGGAGUCGUACAAGCGCGGCUCCGUGGACAACAUCACAGUGCUGGUGAUUGUCUUCAAGAACGAUGUCUACAAGAUCGGCAGCUCUGCUGUCAAGGCAGCAGAUGAAGCUCUCAAAGUCCCAGCCAAAUCGCAAAACGCUGCUCCUGCAGCCGUGCAACGAUCGAAUUCAAUCAAAACCAAAUGAAAUCAACACACUAGAGUGCCUGCUAAGAAAUGCUAUUUAGCUUUGCCCUUACCUUUUUUUCUCCCUCCUCUGGACAAAAACAAAACAAAAAGAAAAAAACAAGAAAAACAAAGUGCCCAAAAUUUCUAGUUAGGCGUUUUAAAAAAAAAUAAUUAUUUGUUUUUCGUAUUUGUGUUACUUAUUAUCAUCCCAAAGCGCAAGAGCAUCCCCAUUCACAUACAUCACAGUCUUGGCCCUGCGAGGCCAGAUCCCAAUUGCGUUCCUCAUUUGUAUUUCGUCUUGAUUCAUAUCUAAGGUUGUCGGUUAGCCCAUGUUGUUGUGUACAAACUGUUUAGCAUCCGCCGCCGAUGCCGCCGCCGCCUUGCCGUGCAGUUUAUUCUCUUCAUAGACUUCAUUUCAUUCACCCUCCUAGACCACACGUAUCAUCAACAAACCUAACUAUUUAUUUAAUUUAUUUGUUACACUUGUAAAAUAGUCUUAUUUUCUAAAAUAUUAAAAGGUGUUUACAAAUAAAGAAAAAAAAUCGAACGAAAUGCGACUGCUUCGAGUUGCUAAACUUUAAA